AUGCCAACUAAAGUCUUUACGGAUAUUAGACCUUUCAGAGAAUCAAUUGAGGGGGGGAUUCCAAGAUGUGUAUUUCCUGCUAUGGCUACCGAUGAAAGUAUAAAUGAUCAAUCCUAUAUGGCGUUUCUUACAAUUAAGGAAAGUCUUUCGAUAUAUCUAUCUAGAAAAUAUUUAUUUGGUCUUCGAUUUAAAGGAAUGGAGUUGUUUUUUAGUGGGAGUUUAUAUAAAUACAUAUAUGUGAUUGACUUGUCAUCAAAUCAUUUAACACAAGGCAUUCCUAUUGAAAUUACAAAGCUAGUUUAUUUGAGAGCUUUAAAUUUGUCAAGGAACCAGUUGGUGGGUUCCAUUCCUUCCAAUAUUGGUGAAUUGAAAAACUUGGAAGCAUUGGAUUUGUCGAGGAAUCAGUUAUCAUGUGUCAUUUCCACUACCAUGGUUACUUUGAAUUUUCUCUCUUUUUUGAACUUAUCAUACAACACUUUGUCUGGGAAAAUUCCAUCCGAUGGACAGUUUGCAAUAUUUGACAAUGACUGCUACAUUGGUAAUCCGCACCUUUGUGGUGAUCCACUCACAGAAGCAUGCCUUAAAAAUAGUUCGUUCAAAUAUGCGAAUUGUAGUCACAUUGAAGAACAUGAAAAUGACAACUAUGGAGACAAAAGAAGGGGCUUGGUAAUAAAUCCAUUCUACAUAACCCUGAUUGUAGGAUUUUUCACUGGAUUUUGGGUAUUUUGGGGCUCCAUAUUACUCUUUGCAUCUUGGAGACAUGCUUAUUUCUGUUUCCUAAGCAACAUGGAAGAUAAGAGCUAUGUCAAUGUAGUUGUUACUAUUAAUAAAUUGCGGAGGAAGCUUCACACUCAACAACCUCCCAUGUAA